AUGAAGCCUGCGGCUGCGAAGUCGAAGAACGUGAAGCCAGCAGAUUCUUUGCCUGGAGAUGCUGACACGAGCCGAAAGCUGCAGCAGCUGGCCAUCGAACUGGAAAGCGGCCUGCGUACCAGAAGUCGACGCUCGGCAUCCCAGACCUCUCGGGCUUCAUCUCGGUCCGGGAGAAGUCCAAGUGCUGCUUUGGUCGAGGCGAAAGCGGAGGAGCUGCGAGCUGCACGAGCUGGGAACCGACUCGCAUCGAGACACUCCGAAACAGGAGCUCUAAGCGCAGCUGCGCCGAGUCGAUUGUCGGCUUCAAGAGCCCGUACGCCUUCCUUCAGUGAUCCGUCCGGCUCUACUCCGAAUCAGGCUCGCCGGCCAUUGGGGGACACUCAAAGAUCGGCCAUUCAGCCCGGACAGCCAAAGAAUGCCAAGAGUUCCGGAGACCAGCUCGAAAUCACUGCAUCGCACAAGCCUGAAGAGCGAUACUCUGAUAGAUCUUCACUGUCGUCGAUCCGAUCCGAUGCGCACUCCAGAAAAGAUCGUGCAUCCUCGAAAAGUGCACAUCGCCCAGAGGACACGCCAGGGACCCCAGCUAGAGACAAGAGCUCAAGAGGCUCUGAUGACCAAGACGCAGCCCGACCCGGUGGCAGAUCUUCAACCAAAGAAGCUCGAAGCAGUCAUUCGCGUCAGCUACAAGCAACAGCGGCGACGAAAGCCUCCAGACCUUCCAGCGACCUUGACCACUCUUCUGUUCGGGCAGACCGGACGCCGAAAGGCAAAACGCCAGCUGAAGACGCGCCGACAACCACAGAAGAAGCUUCUGAGCCUGCUGCUCGUCGGCCGUCCUCCAAAAGUGUGCAUGCUGACCAGGGGAGAGUACUCGAGCAAGACCAUGCGAGAUUGACUUACACAGGUGCUGGUGACACGCCUGCGCCACUUGCGGGUCAAACAGUUGACAUUGCUGCACAGGAGGCAGAAAUGAGCUCGACAGAAGUGAUGACGGUGGGGGCUCAAGCAAGCGCGGAAUCGGACUUGCAGGCCACCAGACCCUCCUACGACGGCGCUGCAGCACUGAGGGGAGCAUCUGAAGAGCAUGCCGCUGGCGAGGUGGAUGCCUUCGAAGCAGAGGGAUCACAGCCAGUGGCGCAAUCGGCACAUGCCGCAGCGCAGGCAGCAGAACUGGGCUCGGCAGAGCUGCUGGCGACGGGGGCAGAAGCAAGCUCCGAAUCCGACUUGCAGACCACCAGACAGUCCCAUGACGGCGUUUCUGGAGGUCUCGAAACAUUCGAGCUCUCAGCUCAAUCGGGGCAUCCUGAUGGUGGGGUCGGUUCCAGUGAUGGCACCCAGCCUCAGGAGUUCGGGCAAAGAACUUCGCAAAGCAGGAUCUCCGAGGAGGAUUUCGAUGGUGAAGGCACUGGUGCUAGGAAUGACGUAACGUUUCUUGCGCACCGUGUCGCCAGUUAUAUGGCAGACAGAAUGACCAGAUGUGAUCCAGCGAGCCUCCUCGCUGCCUUGGCGUGGUUCCAACUUUCGCGUGAGAAGAGCCCGCGACCUCGACCCGACUUCGCCAGAGCUUUCACCCUUCGGCUGGGGAGCCUCGGUAGUGAAACCUGGCGGACGGCUGCGUGGGCGAUCCGAUGGUUCGAGCUGCAGAGGCAUCUGAACCGAGCGCGGUCUCUCGCUCUGGCGGCGGCACGGAAGCACCACGCAGUGGACAAUGCCACCAGCGCUGUGAGCCAUUUGCUGGAAGCCGCUUUCUGGGUGGUGCGCUGGUUCGAGGUCUAUCGGAAGGUACACAUCGCAAGACAGGCGGCGCUCUACGUUGCCCGCACGCAGCAUGCUGCUUCGAGAAAGCCGGGCGGAAUUGUGAGCAACUACCUGGUAACUGCAACUUGGGCGCUGAGAUGGUUCGAGUUGAACCGCCAGCGGUACGACGUUUCUCGCUUCGUGGUUUUCGCCGGAAACAUGGCCCACGUGGGCAACAGAGCCGUGGCCGUCAGUUGGGCUUUGCGUUGGUUUCAGUGGCAGAGCCAGCAGGGCCAGCGGAGUCGAAGAGCGGACCAGUUGGCCCAGAAAUAUGCAGCUACUCUUGGAGAUGCUGGCCGCGCUUUGGCAGCCGGCUGGUUUCGCUCAUGGCGUCAUUGGCUUGAGAGGAAGCGGGCCGCUGAUGCGAUGGCAAAGAAGUAUGCUUGGAUGCUCAAUACCUCAGUGCAGGCGGUGGCAAUGAGCUGGUUCGAGCACUUCAGGAUCAUCCAGACAGACAGGCGCGAUGCUGCUGGAGCCGACGCAGCAGCCGAUCGGCGUCGGAAGCUUGCCAAGUCUUUGGGCAAGCGAUCGGGUGGAGAUGCAUUGUGGGUUGCCCGGAGCUGGUACCGCAGCUGGAAUCUCGCCCGUUGGGCAGAGCGCUUCCAGCAGCAACUGGCCGCGAUGCCAUGCGCCGCAGGGAGCUGGUGCACGAUGAGUGUGGUCGUGCAGCACUGGCGAUUGCUAUGUGCCUCAUCUGGCACGUUGGGAACGCGCGGGUCACGCAGGGCUCGAUGGCGGCGGCUUUUCCUAGUGGAUCACGGCGAAAGCUCGCUGUCCUUGCACCGCUCCUUGCUGUCAUGGCAACAACUAGCUGCUGGCCUUGCUCGUGGACGGUGCGCACUAGACAAAGGGAUUUGCCGCUUGAGGCUCGAUGCAGCUGCUACAACACUGGUUCUUCGUGUGUGGCAAGCUUGGAGCUACGAGACAGCCAAGACUCGAGCGUUCCGAGUCAUGGAGGAAGCGAUCGGAUUGCGUGAUGAUGGCCUCGAGCUUUGUGCUCGCGUUGCUCGGCAGCGGGAGAUGAUGGGGCCACCCUGGUCCCUGCUGGCAGUGUGGUGGUUCUGGGUGGCUAUUUGCCGCACCUCUCUUGGCACCGUCCACUCUAUCAAGGACGCAGCCCUCCAAGCUGGAGAUCAAGCCUGGCACAAGCUCGCACGCUGCACCGAACUGCAAGCUCUCUCCGCAGAGCGCACUUUGACGCCGGUUUGUUGCUGCAUGGCGUGGUUUGCCUGGGCGUCCACGAGUCGAGAGGCGUGGCUCACGCAACAGCGCAGAGCAGUGGAGGAGGCCAAGAAGCGGCCCGAGAUGAUGGCGGCAAGGUGCGCCACGUACCUAGAGGACUUUGAUGUGUCACUAUACCUCUCCACCACGAUGUCGGCAUGGAUACGUUAUGUGGCUUUGAGCCGCAUGGAGAAGUUCAAAAGCGACCUUGACCUCACGAGGGCCAAUUACAAGUUGGCACUCGAAGAACACACCGCGGCCUUGGAUGCAGCUGGAGUGAAGUACCAGGCAUCCUUGGACAAGAAGAGGGCUGAACUGAACGAGGUUCAGCAGAGAUACCUGACGGCGACUGCCAGCCGAAACGAAGCCGGGGAAGCCCUCGAGUCUCAGCUGAGCUUGGCGGAGGAGCAAAGCGUGAUGAUGGCAGAGGAGAAGUACCAGCGGGAAGCGAUGAGGUAUGAGGCUUCGCUGGAGACCUUGGCUUUGCGGCAACGUGUGACAGAGGACAGGCUGAAUGCAGAGGCUCAGGCUGCACAGGACAACGAGGCCCUCGUGAUGCAGCGCCACACCGCGGCACUGAAGGCCAUGGAACAGAAGCAUCAGCUCUCGCUGAAAGCAGCAGAGCAGAAGAUCGCACGUGCUUUGGAGAAGCAUCGCAUGGAGCUGGAGAUGAAGUACAAAAACGAAGCCGAGAAGAGGCACCAAGCGGCCUUGGACGAAGUCUUCAUGACCAUCGAGCGGCAGAGGGCAGAGCUGGCCGGUAUGGAGCGAAGUGAAGAGCUACUGCUGCAAAAGGCAGAGCUCUCCGAAGCACGCUGGAACGCUGAGAUCGAUGAUCUCCGCUCAUCGUCGCAGCAGCAGGAAGAAUUGCUGUCCCGGCAACAUGGAGGACAUGUCGAAGAAGCGCGGCGUGCUGCUCACCUCGAAGCACAGCAACAGUUCCAGAUGGCACUUAUUCAGCGGGAGGUCAUGCAAGAAGCUUCGGAGAUGGAAUGCCGCCUCGCCUUGCAGACUGCAGCACAGCAAGAAGAGCUGUCAACUCAGAGCCGGCAAGCUGCACUCCGUUCCGUGGAGAACAAACAUCACUUGGCAAUGCAUCUGUCGGAGCAGAAGAUCCAGCAGGCACUCGAAAGGCACCGUGCAGACUUGGAGUCGAGGUACCACGAUGCUCUCAUGCGCAAAGAGCAAGAGAAUGCCAAGCUUGCCAGUCGGUGUUCCACACUGGAGACCGAGCUCACAGCCUUCGAGAAGAAGGCCAAAACCACCCUGGAGACAUCACUGGAGGUUUCCCAGCAGCACCACCAUGCAGCUUCCCAAUUAGCAGCAGAAAGACAUGCUCUGACCCUGGCAGAGCGGCAGCUGAAGGCUGAUGAGAGGUAUGAAGCUCAGAAAGCUGUGGAAGAGAAGCAGCAGGCACUGCUUUGUGAUGCAGAGGAGAAACUGCUAGAAGAAAAAGAAGCCUCGGUGCAAAGGCUGCAGGAAGCAGUAGCGAACUGCGAGAAGGACUUGCGAGAAAGUCAUGAAUCGAAAUGCGAGAAGAUGGCCGAAGAUCACCAGAAUGAAGUCGUGAGGUUGGAAGCCGGCCUGGAAGCUGGCCAAAUCAAGUACCACCUGUCGAUUGAAAAGUACACAAACGUGCUCGAAGCCACUCGGCAGAAGCACGACAAGGCCAUGGAGCUGUUGAGGAAGGAACUGGAAGAGAAGCACAUCACGUCUAUAUCGGACAUGGACCACCAGUACAGCCAUGCCAUGUUGCAGUGCGAAGCUGUCGCUGAAUCGGCAGAAACCCGGCUGGAGCUUGUGGAGCAAAAGUUCACCAACGAAGUGGAGAGUUUGGAACAGUUGAACGAGCUCCAGAUGACCAGCAUGAAGACGGAUUUGGAGGAGCGCCAUGCCGCAGCUGUAUCUUCAGCCCAGCAGCAAAAGACGUUGAUGGAAGCAGAGCAGACUUGGAUGAGGGAGAAGCAAGAACUCAGUGAAGAAGCCUCCGAGCGGCGGGAGCAGAAUUCUGUGCAGAGGCUUACGAAGGAGCUGGAAGCGGCGAAGCUGAAGUAUAACCUCGCAUUAGAAAGACACGAAGGGGAGCUUGCAGAUCUGAAGUUCCAACACGAGACGGUCUUGAAGAGUCGAGAAACUGCUUUGGAGGCGCUGGCAGCAAAGCUGAAACAGACGGAGUUCCGGCAUGGAAAGGCUAUGGAAGCUGCUGAAGCGAAGUUCCGGAAAACCAUUGAUCGCGUGAAGAGGUGUGCCAUUGAAGAAGCCCGCCAGCAGAUAUUGGAGCAUCGAAGGAGAUGCAAGGCUUGCCAGCAGGAGCCUUUGCCCCUUGAGCUUCGCGCAGCCACCUCUACACCAAAACCGCCCGGGCCCGUGGCGAAGCCGAGGGAUCCUGAGCCCCCGCUGGAGCCGCGCAUCCGGGAGGUGGUGCCUUUGGAUCCGAAGCUGGUGGAGGUGACCCUGGAAAGCCUGAUGGUCGAGCGCAGUCGAAGUUGGAUCUGGGCGCAGGACAUGCAGCGGGCCGUCGACCAUGGCAUUGAGGGCAUCCUUGAGUUGCACGAGGCCAUGCUUCUGCUCUUGGAGCAAGCCGCGCGACACUCGCUGCUUCAAGGGCAGGAGGACUACAGAACUGAGAAGAUCCUGCGAGAGUUUUGUGAUUCCGACUCGGACCCGAGGGCAGAAUCGCGCAUCGCUGCUGUGAAGCAGCUGGUCGCUCGAGUUGGUCAAGUCAACCAAGAGUUGGGCAAGUUGCGAAACGAUCGGGCCGAGUUCUGGUACACGUUGCAUGAGACAUCGGAAGAAGCGGUUCACUUUCUGCGCCAGGCGAACGCGCUUCCUGCUCCGGGCCCCGCGGUCGUGAAGCGACUGGACUUCGAGAUCGAGGAGCUAUGCGACGACCAGAAGAAGAUGGCAGAAGCGUUCAGCGAGCUGGCGCUUCGCUUGAAAGCGGCAGGCGGAAGCCUGGAGAGCCUCCAGGAAGCACGCAGUUCCCUGCCCACGGGCGCACAUGGCUCACAGGAAGCAGAAGCACUGGACGAAGCAGGCGCAGAUGCACAGAAGCUGCUUGAAAGCUCCCGAGAGGCGGCUGUCAAUGCAAAGCUAGAACAAAGUUGGGUAGAGGCUGAGGCAUGCAGUGCGGCCUUUGUAACCGCUGUGGGAGAGGUGGUCACCGCUCUCCUGGCAGACGUCCGUGACCUCUUCUACCUCGUGGAUGGAUCAAACCUUCGACCUCGCUUGCGUCCACAUCCGGCGCUGUCAGCUCCAGCCCCAUCGGCACCAGAGAUCGAAGCAGACGCGAGGCAGAAGGGUGUAGCGAGAAAGUCCGGUUCCAAUCCAAGGCAGAUCAUCCACCCUAUGCUCGAGCCGCCGGACCCGCGGCAGACGUACGAGGCUCUUACUCUUUGCCAUCAUGUGCCUCCGUGUCUCUCGCAGAUGCUUGCGGGUCCUUCCCGAGUCUCGAGGAUCUGCCAGCUUCGUGAGAGCGCUUCAGCUUGUCCACACGCUACAGAUCACUGGGAGCUGGCUGCCCGGAGAGCUCACAGGAGGCCUCCCAUGUUUCAGGAGCAGAAGAAACUGGAGUACUGGAGGAACAUCCCGCAUCCAAUCGAGUGGCACAGAAGCUGCCGUAAGUCAUCGCCAGAACAUCAGCGAGUCGACGUUGCCGGCGGCGGCUGCAAAAGCUCGAGGUCGCAGGCUCUGGCCAGAUACAGUUGGGCCAGGCUGGCCAAGCCGGACGAGCUGUAUGGCAUCAAAGCGAGCCACUCGUCAAGACCAGAUCGAUGA